AUGUUUUUUCGGUUUGGGCGGCGGAGGACAUUUGGCCGUAACGAGAGCACGAAUAUCUCGGUACUUGAGGACUCAUUAGCAAACAUCUCUGUAUCGCCUUGUGAUAAGAAUGACCUCAACCACGACGAUGGCGACAGCAAUGACUCUGUCAGAACAGGUCCGUUGGGCCUCAACCAACUGAGUUCCCCCCCUGAAGCCUUGGUUGAACUAGUCUUUGUUCACGGCUUAGGAGGCGGCUCACGCAAGUCGUGGUCUCAUUCGAAGCACGAGGAGCAUUUCUGGCCAAAGAGCUGGCUGCCACGAGACCCCGACUUUCAGAAUGCUCGCAUUCACAGCUUUGGCUACAAAUCAGCCAAAUCGGAAAUUAUUUCCACAGUUGCUGGCAUCCCAGAAUUUGCGGAGUCGCUUCUGACCGCUCUGCGGGAUAGCCCAGUCAUUCGGCGCAGUCAGAAUGCUAUUGUCCUUAUCGGACACAGCAUGGGAGGACUGGCGUUUAUCCAAGCCCACGCUUCAGAAACAUUCAAAGGCCUGGCAGGCCGCAUCCGGAGUCUCUACUUCUUUGGAACGCCACAUGCCGGAUCAGAUUUCACGCAAACGUUCCAGACUCUUCUCAAGUUCUUCCCGAUCAUCCGUGAGACGGAGAAUGUUGCAGAUCUUGCCCCGACUUCACGCCUGCUAGAAUCUCUCAACGAGAGCUUUCCACGCGUGGCAGAAAAUAUUGAAAUUUGCUCAUUCUGUGAGACCCAGCAAUCAGACAUCCUCGGAAAAAAACGUUACGUCGUACCGAAACAUUCAGCUCGCCUUUAUUACAAGAAGGAGGUGUGCUAUUACCUGGAUGCAAACCACAGGGAGAUGUGCAAAUAUGACAAACCCGCGAAUCCAAACUACAUCAAGGUCCGGAACGCUCUGUCAGCCUCUGUAGAGACCAUUGUACGGCAAUACACGCUUCGAAACCAAGCCGCUCACACCAAAACGCUGCAGUCCCUGCGUGAGUUAUUGGACGUUCUGGAACCCCCGGAAGAUGAUUUCGAGGAUUACUAUGAGUCCUGCCUUAGUGAGGAUGCCUGCUCCUGGUUUAUCUCCGGUCACUCGUACCGCGCAUGGCGAGAUCAAAUACGGAGUGAGGUAAAGAUGGAUGCAAUUGUUCCUAACCUUAUCUUGAUCGAAGCCGAGCCUGGAGCGGGUAAAUCUGUCCUCACUGCGCAAGUGAUCAACAACUUGCAGGCGCUGAAUUACGAGUGCAGUUACUAUUUUUUCGACUCCCAAGAUCAGCAGAAAUCGAGAUUGAGUCGCCUCCUUAGGUCACUGGCGUUUCAGAUGGCUCUGCUUAGCCCAAGUGUGCGGCAGAGAUUGCUCGACCUUCAACAGCAGAAUGUUACAAUCCCAAGUGAUAGUGACAAAUCAAUUUGGCGCAAAGUAUUCACGAAUUGCAUAUUCCAGUCUCCGCUGGAGCGACAACACUACUGGGUCAUCGACGGCCUCGAUGAAUGUCAGCAAGCCACCAGCAUCCUACAAAUGUUCUUGAGAAUUGACCCAGGUACACAACUUAAGAUAUUUAUGACGACGCGGCCAGAGGAAAGUAUCCACAGAGAGAUAUUGCCCUACAGCAAUAAAGUGACUCAUGUGCGUCUCUCAAAGACCGACACAUUGCCCAGCAUGCAUGCUUACGUUGAGGCACGCACACAGCACCUGAGAUUGCGCAGAGAGGAAGACAGGGUCGAGCUUGUCAGAUCUAUCCUAGACAAUGCGGACGGAUCAUUCCUAUGGGUAAAGCUGGUUUUGGACGACGUGAGCAAAGCAACCAGCCCUCAGCAAAUCGAGAAAUCCAUUCAAAAUAUUCCCAGGGGCAUGAAUCGUCUUUACACAGACAUCGUCGAAAGGCUCAAUCACGAGAUCCCACAGGAGGAAAUACCUGCAACAAAAGCAUUCCUGAACUGGGCGCUAUGUGCAAACCCUCCACUGACAGUCGGGGAGCUGGAAGCGGCCCUGAAGCUAGAGAAGCUGGACAACUUCGUCGACAGAAUGUGCGAAAAGCUCCGAAACUUGAUCGUCAUCGACCACGGCAACAAAGUGCGUGCGAUUCAUAAGACUGCUAGGACAUUCCUCUUAACAUCGGAUAUCGAAUCUGACUUUGUAAUAUCGUCAAAGAAUGCCCAUAAAAGAAUUACAGACUUGCUUGUCAAGCACCUUCACGCACGCCUGCGUGGAAUCCGGAACGCAAAUCAUCUAAACCACUGGCAUCAACGGAAGGCAGGGCUUGAUAACUAUGCUCUUCUCUAUUUCAGCGACCACCUUCGCAGAACACUAGAUCACAACGAUUACAAAACACGACUACACGAUGGCAGUUCACGAGGCCACGAUCGCGACACAUCACCAGAAGAUCAAAAUCUAUUCCUCGAAGUCGCAGAGUUUUUCGCCGACUGUGGGAACAGUUGGAUAGCGUCUAUCGCUUCGACUGGCUCGCUGGUUCCGCUCAUCAAGACGUCGCAGAACCUCCGAUAUUGGCUCCAAACUCGGGCGAAGAGCACGCCGCCGCUCGGAGAGCUUGCCCAGAAGACAACAAGAAUGCAGCAGUGGACUGUAGACCUCGUCCGACUCGUGGCCAAGUUUGGCAGACACCUCUUGGAGUUCCCAGGCGCAAUUUACGUAUUGGUGCCAUCCUUCGUACCCAAGGAAAGUGUUCUUUCGAUCGACAGACCCCGGCAGACACGGGGUCAAAACAAGGUUUCAGUUACUGGUUUCAGCAACGAAAGAUGGGAUGACCGUCUCUGCAGCAUGUUCUACCAAGGAACCACAUGCACAGCAGUAGCAAGCGGAAAGCAGAGUUUCGCGGUUGCAUUGAGAAAUGGAACAGUUCAUGUAUAUGACAACGUCACCUUGCAGAUAUCAAGGACUGUGCGUCAUGGCGCUGUUGUCAAGCUACUGAAGUACGAUGACACAGGCUCAAUGCUACUCUCGGCGGGCUUCCGUAGAGUCAGAAUGUGGGUGAUCCCAGAAGGAAAUCAGAUGUGGGAAGUGGCAGUGCGAGACCCUCUGUUGGCGGCCGAAUUUAUUGACGAGAAUCGCACCCUCAUUUCUAUUUCGUCGCAACAUAAACUGAUCAAGCAAGACGCCGCGACAGGCGCUAUAAUCAAAGCCACCCAAAGAAGGCCAAAUGUUUUAUUCGAUGAAGGUGAGGAAACGCUUCCUUUCUUCCGACGCGAACUUCACUACGCUGAGUUUUCGGCACAGGCCGCCAUGCUUGCAACAAUGCAGCGUGAACGCCCUAUCCAGCUCUCAGAUAUUGAAGACCGGUAUGAAAUUGGCAUUGUUGAGCUUGAAAUGAGCGACGACGGCGACUACGGCACCACCGAACAACCAAUCACUGCAAUGGCAUUCUGUGCAAACCUUGAUGUGGCACUGCUCGCUAUUGCGUACCGAGAUGGCAUCCUCGCAGUUUUCGACCGUGAUCUUCGUCUCAUCGAGAAGAGGGGAGACAACAAAGCUGUCAGUCUCAUAGCUGGGUCUCCUGAUGGUCUAACCUUGGCUGCUGCAAGUGUUGAAGGAGUCAUUACUCUCUAUGACUUUGAGCAUUUGAUACCCUUGCACGUGAUUUUCACUUUUUCCUAUGAAAACAUACGCUCUCUCGUCUUCAGCGGCGACGGCUAUCGCAUAAUUGACAUUCGGGAUCGACAAGCGAACCUCUGGGCACCUGCAGCUUUGGUCAGCCGUGUGAGAGAAGAUUCAGAUAGUCUCUCGAAGUCCACGCUGAGUCCGACAGUCGCUACGAGCGACUGGACAGGACUGAAAGAUGGUGUUGUGGACAUUACCGCCGUUGUCCCGAUCACAAACUCUGAGCAAUUCAUUUGUGGCCGCGAAGACGGUCGCAUCGUGAUCCACAGCACAGGUGACGCGAACAAGGAGAAGCUGCUAUACACGGUCGCGGACAAGCAAUGGAUAGACAGACUGGUGUGGAAGGCGAAGAACCGAAUCCUUGCAUCCGUCAGUGGAACUUCGACUGUUACGGUCUCUGUGCUCGCCCCUGACUGGUCGGUCAAGACCGUUCUUCUACGGCACGUCUUUCUCCACCCCGUCUUACAAUUACUCUUCCAAGAGACAGCCGAAUGUCUACGAAUGGCUGUAGUCACGACGAGAACAGUCAGCCUGUGGCUUGCGGAAUGUCCCUUGACAGAGCAGUGCUCUCUAACGGAGUCGAGAGUCCAAACCUUCGAUAAUAAUGGAUUGUUUCUCGAGGAUGCACCAGACCCGACCAGCGUCAGUCACUAUGUAACCCUCGUGGAGCCAGACAGGCUUCGAAAUUACAGCUGGGAAGACCUCGAAGAAGUCGGGUCUCGAAAACACCUUUCGUUCUGCCUACCGGCCGGUCGAUCCCCGACAGAUGCAGCCCAAGGCGGCCAAGAAAACAUUAUAACCUUUGAUCGUGCAACCAGCUUGUCUGGAGAAGGUCACCGAAUACUUCUCAGGUCCGUUUCCUCACAGACCACAACACUGUCACCCUCGGCAUCGACGCCAACAAAAUCGUGCAAUCGAAAACGCUGGAUUCUAGACCUCACACAGCCCAACCCCGCUACGAUUGAUACCCUCUCGCAACCCACCAGCACAACUGGCGCAGCACUUCGCGCCAAUCUUCUUCCAGUCAGUCACCUGAUUGAGCACGUCAUCGGCAUCCGCAACGAGGGCAAGCAGCUGAUAUUUCUAUCCAAGGCUCUCUGGGUAUGUUCUUACGACCUUGUUCUAGCCUCAACAAAAGCGAGGAGACUGUCCACAGAUCACCGCGUGGGCGAGUACACGCGCCACUUGUUUAUCCCCGACGACUGGAUCAGUAGCAACUACAACAACGCGACCAGCCAGCUGUUGUUCGUCCUCGGCGGCACCAAGGAGGAUUGUCUGGUGUUCGUCAAGAAACAUGAGAUCGCAGUCAUCAGGGAGCCGUUUUCCCACGCCGAGAAGAUUCGCAUCUCGUGA